CACGUAAGCCUGCGCAUCGAAAGCAUUCAAUCUUCUUCUUCAUCUUCUUCUUCUCACAUACAACUUUCCAUUCAUUAUUUUGAAUCAUCGUUAGAGAGCGUUUCAUUCAUCUCCUCGUAUCCAUCCAUCCAUCCACUCAUUUCGCCUCCUCCCCCUCCGCGGCUAUGUCUUAGUUUGCGCAUAUCUACUACCUUUUUCACAUCAGAACUAUCAAUACACGUCUCAGAAACCUCGCACAAUGGUGGCCGCCGAGUACCGCGACGACGAUGAAGAGAAUCGAGCUGCAGAUAUACCUGUCUUGACCGACGACGACGACGACGACGGGUUAAAUGAUGACGCUGUAAGCGGUCGAGAUCUUCACAUCCGGACAGCCUCGGAAUCCUCCACGACUGCGACUGCGCAGCUACCGCUACCCAUAUGGCUAAGAGAGUCGGCCGCAAGCUUCAGAUAUAAAUGGGUACCCUUGCCGAUCCGGAAAGCCUCGAGGGCGGUGGUGACUUGGGUAAAAGGUCCCGUACCCCCGAGGGUGUUGGAAAUCAACCCGAUAUUUCCCAAGGUACAAGAAGCGCCUUUGAGGUUGUUGGAUAGAUAUGCCCCCAAGAGAAAACAACGUCUCAUCCUGCUGGUCGGGUUGUACGCCUGUUGGUUUUUGACUUGGUCAUUGAUGCUCAAACAUCAUUCGACUUCGGGUUUCAUCAAGGGUUACGGACGGCCUCGCAAUCUAUGGUGCGGUGCCAGCUUCUGGAACGAAGGCAACGGAUGCGGCCUCAACGGAAAUCAAUGUCGACCCUUUUCGUCGGCGCACAUGACCUUUCGGUGUCCAGCCAACUGCAAAGGUACUCACAUGCUGGAGGAACACAUGGUCGGAAAUCAGUCUCUCAGGUAUCAAACGCUCGUGGUGGGAGGGCCCGACCCUUUCCGGCCAGACUCGAACUCGGUAUAUCGAGGAGACAGUUUCAUCUGUCAGGCAGCCAUCCACGCGGGCAUCACCACCGACGCCAACGGAGGUUGUGGUGUGGCCACGCUGGUCGGGUCACACACGAAUUUCCACUCGACAAAAUCCAACGGGAUCGAAAGUGUGUCUUUCCCGGGGACGUUUCCACGAGCGUUCACUUUCCAACGAUUGUCGCCCGAGCAGGCCAAAUGUCCCACGGACUCAAGGUGGCCACUGUUCGCCGUCACGGCCGUCGCUCUGGUCUUCUUGUCCGUCUUCACAUCUUCCCCCGCCGUCUUCUUCUUCAGCACUUUUGUCAUCAUGUUCUUGCACGUCGGACUGGUCUCGGACCCCCCCAACACGGCCAACAUCUACGAAGGGAUCAGUAAACUUUUGGAACGAUUCCUCCCUGCGGCUUUCAUCUCGUUCAUCCUCUACCGAAUCGCCGCCGUGCCUCUCCUCCGCGGACUCACGGCGCAGAUUGAAAAGACGGUCCUGUACUUGGGGUUUUGUUUCAUUGGGGCUCUGAACAACUAUACAUUUGCCCCGUUGAUCCCCAUCGAGCGUUUGACGCCGCACGACCUGGCCCAACCUGGUGCGCCGUUCGCCCUGGCGAUCAUCAUCAUCGUCAUCCUCGUCAUCGUCGUCACCCAGAUCCAUUUCAUCCGCAUUUCCGGCAAUAUGCCAAAAUACCUCGCCAUCUACGCCACCAUGGGUCUGGCACUGAUUAUCCUUUUGGUCCUACCGGGGGAGAGGCUGCGAAUUCACCACUACAUCCUGGCGUUGUUGUUCAUGCCCGGCACGGGGUUCCAGACCCGACCGGGACUCGCCUACCAGGGUUUGUUGCUGGGACUGUUCAUCAAUGGCAUCGCCCGUUGGGGGUUUUCGAGUAUAAUUCAGACUCCCGCGGCGUUGGGAGAGUCCGGCUCCGGUGGCCACGGUGGAGGAUCCUGGUGGGGAGCACACUCCCCCAACGUCACGGCCAUCGUAGGACCGGCUGCCGACAACAUCACCUUUGAUUGGGGUCCCCUUCCGAAAGACACUGGAGUAGACGGAGUGAGCAUCCUGAUCAACGACGUCGAGCGGUGGCGAGGCUACACGGACGAGGAACUUUACUGGGACCAAGAACAAGUCACCAUCGAUCGACAACGCCGCAAGAGGAAUGGUAAAGAUGACAAUGACAAUGACGACGACAACGAUAACGGCAACGAUGACGGUGACGAAAACCCAGAGGUUGAAUUCUUCAGAUUCGCCUGGAUGAAGGGUAGUGAUACAGGAACGUACUCCAAGGUCGGGGUUUGGGACGAGCAAGGGCUAUGGCAUGGUUGGUCGACGACCAAGUGAUGAGGAUGAUGGCGAUGGCCUCGGACCGAUGUCUCACAUCACCCCACUUUCAAGUGUUUUGCUCAAAGAGAUUUCAGAAAUACCAAGAUUUACUAUAUACUGUACGGUAAAUAGAGCAAUCUAUUACAUUGGAUACCUUGGGUAAGGGAGGUUGCUUACGGAGGACCUCGAACACAUUUAUGUAUUUAAAUACUUGGAUACCUGGGUAGUUUUAACAAGUGACGUGAAACCCGG